GAGGCCCGGCGGAGGAGGCGGCCCUGGGAGACCCCGCCGCCGGAAGGAAUUUGGGAAAGCUACAAGGGAAGCUUCAUUUCUCUGAGGCGCUUCUGGGUGACAGGCGCUCUGGGUGACAGGGCGCAGCUGUCCAGCCACCAUGAGCUGGAGCUUCCUGACCCGCCUGCUGGAGGAGAUCCAUAACCACUCCACCUUUGUCGGGAAGAUCUGGCUCACAGUGCUCAUAGUGUUCCGCAUUGUCCUGACCGCUGUGGGUGGGGAGUCCAUCUACUACGACGAGCAGAGCAAGUUUGUGUGCAACACGGAGCAGCCGGGCUGUGAGAACGUGUGCUACGACGCCUUCGCGCCUCUGUCACACGUGCGCUUCUGGGUGUUCCAGAUCAUCCUGGUGGCCACACCCUCCGUGAUGUACCUUGGCUACGCCAUCCACAAGAUCGCCAAGAUGGAGCAUGGCGAGGCUGACAAGAAGGCAGCGCGGAGCAAGCCCUAUGCCAUGCGCUGGAGACAGCACCGCGCCCUGGAAGAGACUGAAGAGGACCAUGAAGAGGACCCCAUGAUGUACCCCGAAAUGGAGCUGGAAAGCGAGAAGGAGAACAAAGAGCAGAGCCAACUGAAGCCCAAGCACGACAGCCGGCGGCGGAUCCGGGAAGAUGGGCUCAUGAAGAUCUACGUGCUGCAGCUGCUGGCCAGGACGGUGUUCGAGGUGGGCUUCCUGAUAGGGCAGUACUUCCUGUACGGCUUCCAAGUGCACCCGUUCUACGUGUGCAGCCGGCUGCCGUGCCCCCACAAAAUUGACUGCUUUAUUUCCAGACCCACUGAGAAGACCAUCUUUCUUCUGAUAAUGUACGGUGUCACAGGCCUCUGUCUGCUACUCAACAUCUGGGAGAUGCUCCACCUGGGGUUUGGGACCAUCCGGGACUCGCUGAACAGCAAGCAGAGGGGACUUGAAGAGCCGGGUGCUUACAGUUACCCUUUCACUUGGAAUGCGCCGUCAGCUCCCCCUGGCUACAACAUCGCUGUCAAGCCAGAUCACGUCCAGUACACCGAGCUGUCCAAUGCAAAGAUCGCCUACCGGCAGAACAAAGCCAACACGGCCCAGGAGCAGCAGUAUGGCAGCCGCGAGGAGCCACUCCCAGCUGAGCUGGAGUCGCUGCAGCGCGAGAUCAGGCUGGCUCAGGAGCGCCUGGACCUUGCCAUCCAAGCCUUCCACCAUCAGAACAAUCCCCCGGCUCCGCGGGAAAAGAAGGCCAGGGCCAGCUCCAACAAGAGCAGUGCCAGCAGCAAAUCGGGGGACGGGAAGACUUCUGUCUGGAUCUGACCUGGGCCUCUCCUGGCCCAGGCAACUUGGCUGCCAAGUGAGGGCUUCCCUGCCGCGCAGCUCAGUGGCCCUGGGAGCAGCAGGCACAGAGCACAGCCUCAAGUCUGCGGGCGGGGCACGUCCGGGCUGUGCAGGGCCACUGCCGCGGGGACCUGGCGUCUUCCGGGUCCGAGGAGAGAGAUUUAAAUCAUUCUUUGGAGCAGUUUUGUAUGUACAGUAUUAUGGCACUUUUUUAAAACAUAACUUUUUUGUAUUUGUACAUUGAACUACUAUAGUUAUGCCUUUUUAUAUUAAAGAAAAGAAACCCUUAACAAGCAGAGCCUGUUAGGCCAGUGUCACUACUUUGUUCAGCAGGCUCAGUGAUAGCUUGAGAGUUUAAUAGCUGCUCACUUCCUCCAAGUGCCUCCUGUCGAGGGACAGGGUUCAAAUCACAAGAGCCCGAAGACCAAUCCAGCUGGGAAGAAAGUACACUGGGAAGAGCUACUGCUGCUCCGCCCACCCAAGGCCGUGGCUCUGAGCUCCUGUCCCAGUGCUUCCUGUCUCUUAAGAGCGUGAUUCCAGAGGAGGUAAAGAGCUCCCUCAGGGAUUCCUGUAAGUACUGAGCUGUGCUGGGUGCUUUGAUGGCGUUUGCGAGGUUCUGUCAGAGCCCCAGGUUGGCCUUGCGUCCCACACAGCUGCCCUGUUCCCGGCUUCUUGACGCCAUCAGAAACACACAGCUUCCCCUGGAAACUUUGGAUGCUUGGAGCUGCCCGUGUGAGGUGACAGUGACCUGCCACAGAGCAGUGGUUUAUCUGCUGCGUGGUGCAGACCCUGCAGAGGGGCCUGAGCGCCUUGGGGUCCCUCCCGCGUGCUCAUGCUGGCUGUCUGCAGCCAGACCAUGGCCUCGUCCUCCAGCCGGCCUUGUGACCGCCAAGGGCCCCACUCCCCUCCCACCUCCUGGGCUGCCUGAGAGUUGCUGCAGGCCACUCGGACCCCACAGUUCCAGAAGCACUGUCCCUUGUCGCCUUGUAAAGCGCCCGUCUGUCACUAGGAAUAGUAGCACCCUUGAUGAGGUUUUCCAUGGCUUAUCAGUUGGCGUUUCUUCCUUGUUACCAAAAAUUUUAAUCUUUUAGUUAUUCAUAUAUUUUGGAGAUUUCUUUCUUUUUGUAUUUUUAAAUUUUA